ACCAAUCAGUUGUUAUAAUUGUUUGCCGGUCAGCGAGGUCCAAGUUUAGGAUGACGAAAAAGGAGAAUGUUCCCGAUGCUGGGAGCAAAACUAAGAUCCCAGUUGUUACAGUAUCUCAAAUUAACGCAGAUGUCAUAUCACAGUUGGCAAACGUUUACUGGUCGCCGGAAACCCAAACCGAACAUCGUCCUUUCGAUGCUAGCGUUAUAGAAAAUGUCUACACAAACGAAAUUGCUAAUUCGAAACAUUCAGUCCGCCGGGUGAUGAUGCUGGAAUUCAGCCAGUACCUGGAGAAUUAUCUGUGGCCGAAUUACAAGGCGGAAAGUUCCAGCCACGCUCAUAUGAUGUCCAUCGUUGUGAUGGUCAACGAGAAGUUCAGGGAGCGUGUGCCUGUUUGGAGCUUGUUUGAAGGGAUGCCGGACGAAUUCCCAGGAUUUUUCCACAAUGUUCUUAAGACCUGUUUGGAUAGUCAGCCACUGACUGCGUCCUAUGUUCGGGAGCAGACCGCGUUGCUGUUAUUCCUCAACCAUUGCUUCAAUAGCAUGGAAGUGGAGAUUUGCCGAGAUCAGGCCAAAAGGCUGGUUUCGUUGUCAAUGUGGGCUUGUUUGCAGCAAAAACGGCGUGACCAAGAAUUAAGAAACAUCCCGGAGUGGCGGAAAUUUUGGAAAAAGCUUCAGAAGAAGGAAAACUCUGAGAAAAAAGUUCGCUUGGAUUGGGAGAGGCAUUUCUUGCAGAACUUGAUUAUAAAAUUCCUGCAAGUUCUCGAAUCGAUUCCCAAGGAAGGUCCCAUCGAGGAACAUUUGGUUAUCUACUGUGAGCGAUUUUUGGAGUUUCUUAUCGACUUGGAGGCGUUGUUACCGACUCGCCGUUUCUUCAACACAGUUUUGGAUGAUUGUCAUCUGGUGGUGCGCUGUCAGCUGAGUACUCUGUGCAGAAGGGACGAAGGAAAACUUUUCGCACAGCUGCUGGAUAUGCUCCGCUUCUACUCACGUUUCGAGAUCAACGAUGUAACUGGCGAUCCACUAACGGAUCAUGACAUGACUCAACUGCACUAUUCAAAGAUUACUUCAUUGCAGCGUGCAGCGUUUGCAAAAUUCCCUGAUCUAAAACUAUUUGCCCUCUCAAACGUAGCCAGCGUAGAUACGAGGGAAGCAUUAGAAAAGCAUUUCGGAGCAUUAGAAGGAGAAAGCUUAUUGAAAAUCGCAUGUUUUUUAAAUUUAGUACCAGAAAAAUUAGAGGAGCCUUUUCAAUGGCAUCGACAUGACAAGGAAUUCUUACGCGAGCUUCUGAUAUCACGACAUGAAAGACGUUCCUCGCAGUUGGAAGCAUUAAAUGAAAUGCCGCUCUAUCCGACCGAAGAAAUUAUCUGGGAUGAAAAUGUUGUGCCAUCUGAAUACUAUUCGGGUGAAGGCUGUUUAGCCCUACCAAAAUUGAACUUGCAAUUUUUAACACUGCACGAUUAUCUAUUAAGAAAUUUCAACCUAUUCCGAUUGGAAUCGACGUAUGAAAUCAGGCAAGAUAUUACAGAUGCGGUGAGCCGCAUGCUACCAUGGCAGUCAGAAGACGGAGAUAUCGUUUAUGGCGGAUGGGCUAGAAUGGCAUUGCCCAUAUCAUCUUUUGCGGUUGUAGAAGUAGCUAAACCACAUAUUGGCGAAAAGAAACCAUCUCGUGUUCGCGCCGAUGUCUCAGUAACGCUCAGCGUGCGAAAGGAAAUCAAAGAAGAAUGGGAAUCCCUUAGAAAGCACGAUGUAUGCUUUCUACUCACAAUAAAGCCAACUCAACCAAUUGGCACUAAAUACAACAUUCGCGAACCGUUUAUACCACAAGUUGGGCUUGUUAACGUACGCGGUUGUGAAAUCGAAGGCCUACUCGAUGCGAAUGGCCGCGUUAUAGAAGACAAUCCAGAGCCAAGAGCCCCAUUACCAGGAGAACAGAGAACCUAUAGGGUCUGGUUGGAUUGUAAUCAAUAUCGAUUGGAUAUAGAUGGAUUGCAAGAGGGAAAACCAGACGUCUAUGAAGGAUUCAACAUUAUCAUGCGACGUAAACCUAAGGAAAAUAAUUUCAAGGCAGUGCUCGAAACAAUUAGACAUUUAAUGAAUACUGAAUGUGUUGUUCCUCCAUGGCUUCAUGACAUUCUCUUGGGCUACGGUGAUCCCGGUGCAGCUCACUACAGUCGAAUGCCUAAUCAGGAGCGAAUAUUGGAUUUCAAUGAUACUUUCCUCGAUCUUAACCAUUUGAAGCACAGUUUUCCUACAUAUACCAUCGAAAUUAAAAACGAAGGGAAAGAGGAGAUUCAACCGCCCUUUAGAACAACAUUUGAAGACGUUCCACUGCGGGACGACGACGGUGAAGCAAUUAAUGAGAAUAUCCGUAAAAACAUUAUAGUCGAACCAUACGUCUUUGAAAGCAGGGGGCCAUACAUCUAUAAUAUGCCCAAAAAAAAUACCAUACGCUUCACGCCAACGCAAAUUGAAGCGAUUCGAGCUGGCAUGCAACCCGGUCUUACUUUAGUUGUCGGUCCACCGGGUACUGGCAAAACAGAUGUUGCAGUUCAAAUAAUAUCAAACUUAUAUCACAACCAUCCAAAUCAACGGACAUUGAUUGUAACACAUUCGAAUCAAGCAUUGAAUCAACUUUUUGAGAAGAUCAUGGCCCUGGACAUUGAUGAAAGGCAUCUGUUGCGUUUAGGUCAUGGCGAGGAGGCACUUGAAACAGAAAAAGAUUUCAGUCGAUACGGUCGAGUGAAUUAUGUGUUGGCAAAACGAUUGAAUUUACUAGAUCAAGUUCAGAAGCUACAAGAAUCUUUAAGCGUUCCUGGCGAUAAUGCAUACACUUGUGAGACAGCUGGCUAUUUCUAUCUGUACCAUGUUAUAGCCCGAUGGGAAAAAUUCACAUCACAAGUUGAACAAAUCAGCCAAUUGGAGGAUUGGAAGUCAGAAUUUGAAGCACAAUUUCCAUUUGGACGAUUUUUCCACGACGCUCCACAACCGCUUUUUAAGGGCGACAGCUUCAAAGAAUAUAUGAAUAUUGCCGAAAGCUGCUUUCGUUAUAUAUCAAGAAUAUUCACGGAAUUGGAAGAGUUCCGUGCAUUUGAGUUAUUGCGCAGCGGAUUGGAUCGUUCGAAAUAUUUGCUUGUAAAGGAAGCUAAAAUUAUAGCAAUGACAUGUACGCAUGCUGCCCUUAAACGGAAAGAACUAGUGAACUUAGGUUUUAAAUACGAUAACAUUCUAAUGGAAGAAGCAGCGCAGAUUUUAGAAAUUGAAACUUUCAUUCCAUUGUUACUUCAAAACCCAAUGGACGGGUUUAAUCGAUUGAAAAGGUGGAUAAUGAUUGGUGAUCACCAUCAGUUGCCGCCGGUGAUUAAGAAUAUGGCAUUUCAAAAGUAUUCAAAUAUGGAACAGUCCUUGUUCACACGACUGGUACGGUUAGGAGUCCCGACUGUAGACUUAGACGGCCAAGGUCGUGCACGACCAACCAUGAGUUCUCUUUAUAAAUGGAGAUACAAAAUAUUGGAUGAUCUUGAUUACAUCAAGACAGGGGAAGAAUAUCAAAAGGCGAACAGUGGCUUUGCCUAUGAAUAUCAAUUGAUAAAUGUCGACGAUUUUAAUGGUGUCGGCGAAUCAGAACCGAACCCAUUCUUUUACCAGAAUUUGGCGGAAGCAGAGUACAUAGUGGCGGUUUAUAUGUAUAUGCGACUUCUUGGUUAUCCAGCAGAAAAAAUUUCUAUCCUCACCACUUACAACGGCCAAAAACAUUUGAUUCGUGAUGUCGUGAACCUAAGAUGCGGUCAAAAUCCAUUGAUUGGUUGGCCGCAUAAAGUGACAACCGUAGACAAAUAUCAGGGUCAGCAAAACGAUUACAUUCUGAUUUCCCUUGUAAGAACAAAAGCAGUGGGACAUCUACGUGAUGUAAGACGUUUAGUGGUAGCAAUGAGUCGUGCUCGUCUAGGACUUUAUAUAUUCGGUCGAGUUUCGCUUUUCAAAAACUGCUUUGAGCUGCAGCCUACAUUUAAACUUCUCACAACUCGACCUCAAACCCUCCAACUAAUCGCAGAUGAAAUAUACCCCGGAGAGAGAAAAGUCACUGAUUCUAUUGAAAAUAUUGUCAACAUCAAUAAUAUGACAGAAAUGGCAGAAUUUGUCUACAAAAUUUACAUGCAAAAAAUCGAAGCGUUGAAGGAAAGCAUGGAAACAGUACAAAAGAUGUACGAGGAAUUGCCAGUUGAGAAAGAAGCUGAAGAAGCAAUGGAGGUUGAUGGCGAAAGUACCAGCCAGGAAACUGAAGAAUCUUCAAAGAAAGGAGAGUCAACGAAAAAAUUUGUUGAGACGCCUAUAAAAAAUUUGAUCGAUGAACAGGACCUUCCUGAAGAAGAGAAGGAAUAAGUGCGUGUUUCUCCAUUAACACAUGAUUUAUUAUAAAGUAAUAAGCUUAUUUUGCAAAUAUAUUCCCAUAUUGAAA